AUGGAGCCGCUGCCCACUUAUGGGCGCAAGUGGAACCUCGACGCGAAGCUGGUCGCGUGCUUGUUUUGCGGCGUGAGCGUCAUGGCCGUUCCGUCGCAUGACAAGCGGUAUGACGUGAAGCUAGAAGAAAGCAGUGGGGGGAGUUGGUUCGGCGGCCAGACCAAUACGACCAAAUCUCAUGCGGAGCUACAAGACGAGAGAUACGUUAGCUACAUGAUGAGCAUCGACCUCGUCCUCCACGACUGGGAAGCAAACAAGAUCGGCAACCACGAAGCGCUCGCGAACGCCGAUUUCUACAUGAAGAAAAUUACGGGAAUCGGCAAGGUGGAUGCUGCUCGCGCCAGGUUUCUUCUCCUGCAAAAGGGUCUCGGCGACCGGAGGAGAAUGGACCUGCAGCUCGAAUACCAGGAGCUGAAGAAGGCGUGCGGCCUGAAGCCUCCCGAGUUCAGGUCGGGCUUCAACACUAACCACCACGGCGACAGCCACGGCCCAGUCGGCCGGAAAAAACAGCUCCCAUGCUGCUAA